AUGGAGGUAGAAGAUCUCACAGCUGAAGAGAAGCUGGCCGCCGAAGAUCGGAGGCAUUUGCUGGAGAGGGCAGCUCGCCUAGCAUCUGAGGUUGAAAGAGCUGAGGCUCGUAUUGCGCAGCAGUCAGAGCUCGAGGACCAGUGUGCACAACUCGACGCUGCCCAGCAGACGCUGAGUGCAGAAGUCGAGCGGCUUCGUCGCACCAACGACGCGUUGUGCCAGCAGGUGUUGGGUUCGGAUGGCGAGGGCCCCUUUGCGGGCGCUCUGCAAGAGGUGUCCCUGCUGGACGGAGAGGAGGACCAGGCGAUGCGUGACGAGAUCGGCCGGUUGGUCCGGGGGCAACUCCUUAUCACAAGCCAAUCUGGCAGUGUGAAGGGGGAUGCAGCUGCACUUGCCUUGAGACUCCAGCAGCUUCUGGCGGAGCGCGAGGAGGCCUUCUGGGUGGAACGACAGCACCUCUCAGACCACAUCGCUUCCUUGGAGCGCGCUCAGAACGGGCGUACAAGCAAUCUUGUACGGCAGUACGAUGCAGCUGUGCGUGCUUCGGGAGGCAGCGCGCAAUCCGGCGAAGAGUUUCGGAUGAGCGGAUGGAGUAUCGGCCGUUGGGCGGAUGAUGCGGGUAGCCCUGGUAAGUCGCUGCUAGAGAUCACUCUGCCGGGAUCGCACAACAGCGGCAACUAUGUUGGCGGCCUGCAUGCCCACCCGCUAUGCCAGAGUGACUACCGCUAUGAGGAGUACCUUAACUCUCCUAGCUCACAGGCGUUGCUUGCAAGAGGGCAACAUGUCUUCAGCCAGGCCGAGUUUGAUCGCAGAAUGAUUCCGUGGAACAUCAACCAUUUCCUGCCGAUCAAGGCCCAACUUCUGGAAGGAGUCCGGUACUUGCACCUGAAGAUUUGCAACUUUGGAAAACCAGGUGACCUCAUGGAUUUAGCAGCUGUCCGAUUCCAGCAUCGCGGAUACACGACCCAUGAGACGGUCCUGUCGACGUUGCAUGACAUUCGGCACUUUCUUCACGAGCAUCCCAAAGAGGUUGUUCUCUUGGCUUUCAACAACUUGCACAACAACGCAUCCAAAGUCUUCGACAAAGCUGACGUGAAUGCUCUCGUCGCAGCGGUGGAGUGGGAGCUGGGAGAAAUUAUGAUCAGCCGACAUGACCUUUUCGACAAAACCCUGGGUGAGCUUGUGGAUUUGAACAAGCGGAUCGCCGUAUUUGUCAAAGGCGCUCGCCACGACUCCCAUGCAAUCAGCGAGCUGGACUUGGCUGAGAACUGGGCAUCCGCCAUGGCCAGCGGCAAUCUGACUCUUGCAAAGGACUGGUUGCUGCGGGAUCUAAAAUCUGAAGCCACGCAACAUUCCAAGUACUACGUUAUGCAGGCCAAUCCCAACAAUGCAGAACCACUGAUGUACGAGGCUAUGAAUUCGGACCACGGGCCACAAUCAAACUUGAGAUUCUUGGAACCCUUCCUCCUAGACUUGCACAACUUCGUGAUGGAAGCCGUGCGACAAGAACCUCAGAUUCAGAUCAACGUGAUCGACACUGACUUCCUUUCCAUCAGCAGGCCUUACCAGAUAUGCAUGCAGCUGAUGGGUAUCUCAGUGGAUCCCACCGAGGGCUCCGAUGCGGUGGGUGUGUGGCUUACUCGCUUGGUCAUAGCUGCAUUCUGUGCUGUGCUUUCUGUCUGGGCUUAUGGCAGAUGCCAGAGCCCAACCGGCUACCAGCGUCAUACAUCCUGA